GGCACACAAGAAAACCAAACAACAACCAACAACAACAACAACAACAUAGCAAGAGAUGUCUCAACAACCGACCAACAAUGGAACUACUACGGGCGGAUUCAAGCUCAAACUCAAACUCAACGGACCACCACCACCACCACAGCAACAGCAACAACAACAACAGCAGCAGUAUCAUCAUCAUCAAACGAACAGAUACCCAGAGGAGGACGAACAGGAGGACCAACUAGCCUCAUCUGAAGUCGAUGAUGACGAGGAAGAAGAUGAACAGGAGGAUGGGGAAGAAGAGGAUGGACUAGAGGGAGAGGAGCACGAAGGAUUUGAGGAGGACCUCAGUCGAAACCACCAAGCCGAACAACAGGAGAACUCAUUCGCAACACUGCCACCACAUCAUCAUCAUCAACCUGCUGCCACUCAACAACCAGUCACCAAACGACCCCCAAAGUCAAAAAACCCACCCCCCAGCAACAACCCACAACCUGUAGCACCUGCCAAUCCACCUGCCAAGAAACGCAAGACGAAUUCACAGCCGAUAGCCAUCCACCCUCAACGUGGUCACCAUCUAACAACCGAUCAGGAUGGCCCCGACUCUGAAAUGAGCUCAUAUACUUCAGACCAGCCUCACCAAGCCGCACCGAGAUCGAGGACGAUCAAGAUCACCCACCCGUCGAUCAAUCCGAAAUCCAAGUCGAAAACCAAUCUAGUCCCUCUCAGCGAUGCCGAAUUACUCUCGGCUGCUGCUGGGCCUCAAUAUCCACCCCAGGAUUCAUCCGCAGGAGUGGUCUCCGGUAAAUCCAAAGCAGCCUCCUCAGCGGUCACUGGCCUAAAAACUAAUCCGCCAAAGAAGAAACAAGCCAACUCAGAAGGCUCCAAGAAGCGUGCCAUUUCUAACAAUCCAUCUGCCACCACUGCUCCUCACUCAAACCCACCAGCGGUCCCCAAUCAACCUGCUACUGGAGCUGCUGCUAAGGCGCCAGCAGGAUCAGGAACCAAGUCCAAAGCUAAGAAAGGGUCCAAGCUUAGCCAAGCGAAAACCCAAGAUCCUUUCCAACCCACGCCAGUUCCAUCAGGAGUCACCACCCCGAUCCUCCGACCACCGCCGGGUCCAAGACCGCAACACGACUACUCCCUAGGACCCCCACCCCCACCUCCCGUGCCCGCACUUAAACCCUUCCCCGUGGGCCCCCCUCCAAGAGCUCAAGGACAGUUCUUGCCCGCUCAGGUCCUCGAAAAACGCACGCCUCGCGUCCGAUCUUGGAAGAAAAUCAGGAGAGAGGUCGUCGGGAUUUCGGGGAUCCCAUUCUGGAUUUGGACUUAUGCUGGUGAUGAACACUCCGAUUAUGCGAUCGCUAAGCAACAUCAACUUUCUCAAGCCGUUGGUACACCAAGCUUGCAUCUAUCCAACCAAGAAACAACACAGUAUUUCCCAUCCGGGCAACCAUCCAGACCAGCAUCAGUCGCAUCCUCGCAUGCCAAGCCCUCGCCGAUGAGGAACCCGAGUGGGGCAUCGCGGGCCAAGUACGUCCCCGCCGAGCCCUCCUCUGGUAACUUGGGUGGCCCGAUCUUGCCGGCCAGCUUCAGACGCCCACCGAUGUCGAUCGGGAGUCCGUUGAAUGGCAAACCAGCCGAAGCGCUUGGCUCCAAGAAACCGGCGAGCUCGCAACUCGACCCUGUUAGUCGGGCGCGGUAGUACUAGUAGUGGGAACGCAGCAGAGACAGCCGGGUCGACCGAUGCCCGCGCCGGCCCAGUCGAUCCGGCUUCUUCUUCUGACCACCCGGCCGCCUCGAAUCGAGGAUCGAAACAGAACAAGAAUCGAGCGGCUAGUAAUCCACAUAGUCCUUCCAUCCAAUUACCUCAAUCAACUCAACUCAAAUGAAUACAGAAAAAAAACUUGCAUUUAAUCUCAAUUGUAUCCUCAAUUUCUUAUUCUUUCCUCCUUGUCCUCAAUUAAUUCUUGUAUUCCACUUUCUUAUCUUUAUCAGCUUUUUUUUUUUGAGAUCUUCUGAGCAUCUCUGAUGUAUGCACUUCAAUGCAAAAAAACAUCAAACUUUCUUUUUCCAUUUGCCUAAUUCUAUAUAUGAAUAUAUUUGUAUAUAACCCCUCCCCAGAUUUUCUCUUCCUCCUGCUGAAAUGCACUUGAUAUAGA